AAGGGUAAAGGCCCAAUUGAAACUGCACGCGGAACAGCAGAACAGUGUGAAAGUGAUAGUGAUGACUCGGAGAUUUUGAUUCAAAUAUUACCUGAACAGAGAAAUUUUGAAAAUGAUUCAUUACAAGGAAACGAAGCGGUUGAUCGAAGUGAACCUGAUACGGCGGAUCCAGCAGACGAUAUAGCGCAAAACGAAGCUACAGAGAACACUCAGGAGCCUAACCUGAACACGCAGCUGGAAGAGCAACAAAAUGAAAAACCAAUGCAACCUGCAACCGAAUCCCCACCUGCCCCACCAACACGACGGAGUACGCGAGUAAGAUAUGCACCAAACCCUUUAAAUUACAACCACCUUGGAAACCCAGAACACUUCGUGUCGUCAGUUAAUGCAACACCAACCUUUUCCCCAUUUACCUAUCCACAGAGUUACCCACUGCCGCCACCGGCGCCGUUUAUUCCACCACUAUGGUUCCCUCCGUGGAUCUUUCCAUUUCCUCAUCCCUUCUACCCUCCAGUAAUCUACCAAUGUCCGUGCUGGAACUCACAUUAUUUGAUGCCCUUUAACAUGGGUUACUAGACGUUUAAAUUUAUAACAAUUAUUAGUAUUUGGUUUAUGAACUUUACGAUAAUAAGUAGGUGUAAACUACUUUAAAACCUGUUACAAUGCAGAAGUAUUGAAGAGUUGUUAGUUAUUACGUGAAAAGGAAUCGACAAAGUUAAGAUAUCAGACGAAGAUGUUGUUUGCCUGGCCAGUAAGCAGCGAAUUCUUAAUAAUUUAGACUUGAAGAACAUGAAGGACUCGAACAAUAGUGCUUAUUAUAGAACUAAAUCCACUCGGAUUUGUUAACAUUCAAAUCGUAAUGUUAGAGAACACUCUUUUUAGGAGGGGAGUGUGUGACGUGACCAAUUUAGAUCACUCUGUCUUGGGUACGCUGUAGAAAGACAGUCACGUGACGAAGCAGCAUGCUUGAAUUUUGUACUUUUUACUAGCUUUAUAAAAACAAUAUUUAAACCGACAAAAUGUAGUUUUCGCGUAAUAGUUGAACGGGUAACAAUGGCAACGCAUUAAAGUGGGAACAUUUUGUAACAAAAAAGAAUGACCAGCAGUUCUUUUUUAACACUGAAUACCUGCAUAAAUAUAAUGCUGGAAAAUCAGAAAAGAAGAAAGUUCAAGUCCCUGGGCACCACUACUUCAAAAAAAUCGAUAGCAUUAUUGCAACAUGCAUGAGUUCUGGAGAAAUGUUUCAUGAGUACUGUGUAGACCAGGCAGUGCCUCCAACUCCUCGUCCAGUUCCAGGCAUCACCAAGUUCCCAAAGUUCCACUACUUACCUCUCGAAGAUACACCAAUAAGAAAGGAAAAUGGUAAUAGAAGGGAGGUAGAUGAUUUCCACCCUAGAGCAUGCUUGAGAGCACUUCAUAAAGAGAAAGCAAUCAAUGUAGAGGAUGCUUUAAGUGUUAAAGCCUUCUGUAACAAAUACAUUGUCGAGGAGAACCUUGUAAAAUCAUACCUAGAGCAUCUAAACCAUCUAGAAAUGAUGAAUGACAAGAGGAAAACUGAAACGAGAGACAAAAACUUACAAGAAAACAACAUGUCUUGUGAAGAUUUUGACUGGCAGAAAAUGUUCAACGAGGGGACCUUGGCAAAACAGCGUGUUUGCAUACUUGACAAGUACAUUGAAAAGUAUAAUCUAUCUGCAGUGAGAAACAAGAAAAAAACAGAGAAAGUCAGUGCUAUCGUCCAUCAUUUACAAUAUGCUGUUUCUGCAAGUGAAAGUGGUGAAGACCUGGUUUUAGCAGAAAUAGGAGAGUCAAGUGAUCAGCAGUCAGGAUCAGAUACAAUUUGA